UGUUACAGCACCGAUCGAUAAAACAAACAAAAUGCUGUCAAAUACAAUAAACAUCACAGAUACAAGCUGCAACAUAGGGUCACCAACAGGACCAGGGUUCGGUACGUACCGCAAGGAGAACGAGAAAAAGAGGUCGAAAUGCAACCGGGACAAAUUCAAGGAGUACAUGGGCGAGCUGAACGAGGCGAUGGGCUUCAAGAAACUGAGCAUCAACAAAUGUCUCUCCACAGCUGUGUCUCUCCUCAAGCUGAGCAAGUUCAUUGACAGGUUUCCCAACCAAGUAGAAGGAACUGUGUCUCCCAACAUGUUUUAUGAGGUUGGAAACUACCUAGGAUUAGCAUUUGAUGAGAACGGAAGAGUACUCCACAUCACUCACAAGAUGUCAGAACACCCGCUGCCCUUCAACAUGUGCCACGUCGGCUCAUUCCUCAACCAGAUCUGCUUCAACACUGACGAGAUCCUCCACAAGGUGUUCAGACAGAACUCUAGCCACAUGGAGAUGAAACUGAAGUACAGCAAGAAGAACAAACAGCCUACUUCCAUGUUCUUCAGAGGCAAGGUCAUGUUCAAUGCUGCUUCGCAGGUCAAGAUGUUCAUCGGAUACGGAUUCAUUCAGGACAAGCGGGAUUCUAUUCGGGAUCCCUUCAUGUUCAACUCUGGAUUCGAGGUCUGGAUUGAUUCCAACUAUGACGUCAUCAAGUCUCAUAGUUGGCUUGAGCUCCUCCUUGAAGAGAGUGUGAAGCACCAAAGAGCGGGUCGUGUUAACCUCUUCUCCUUGCUUCAUCCUGAAGACAUGGGUGUCAUAGAGACUUGUGAACAGCAAAUGAAGACUCAAGGCUUCUUCAAGGUUUCUUGCAGACUGUACGACGGAGAGAAUUAUCUCUGGGUCACGGCAAGAGGGUAUCCUCAAAAGAAGGGUACCCCCGAUGCCUAUGCUGAAGUAUAUGUGUGGCCUUUUGCCUAUGAGGAUUUCAAGACUGGUGACAUGUACCUUGUUGAUGUCAAGAAGCUGUGGAGUAAGAAACAAAAGCGAGGCAAGGUCUACAAGGCAGCCCGAGCAAAGAGCCCCAUGAUGAUGGCUCCAAGCCCUGAACGCGCCAGCCUCGACUCUAGCUCAGAUGACUUUUCUGAAGUUCUUGGAAAACGUUCUCGAUCCGAUGGCGAGUCCUCGGAUGGUUCAGAUAGCUGUGGUGACUCACCCAAACGUCUUGCCAUCGACUGCUCACAGUCAGUUAGCUCUCCUGAGUCUUAUGAACCCAUCAGACCCAUCGCUAAAAGAGUUUCAGCUUUCCAAGCCUGCAGAGGAGCAUUCGUCCCAGUUGCUGGCCACCUUCCCGUUCUAAAACUGAACUACGAACAUGAACAGCCGAUGAAAAGGAAGUUCGAGCCAGUUGUGAUGCACUCAGAGUUCAUGAACUAUCCUUCCAGUCCCGAGAUAUCCUCCACUGGAUCCAGGACCCCAGAUUCGGAGACCCAGGAGCUGCACAGCCCAGUGUUUCCUCCUACCAUGACUGUUAAGCAGGAUAUCCUAGAGAAGAGUGCGUCCCAGUUGAACCUUGGUCGGUUGAUGCAAAUGAAUGCGGUGUUAAAAGAGCUGAAAGACACGAAUGUAGGCCUGUUCCACAAGUUUGCGGACGUGUUGGACCCAAGUGGGAAGCCUGAGCAGGAGGGUCUCCUCACCUUCCUGCCACUUAUACUGAAGUUGCAAGAAAGAGAUCUUAUUGAAGGUAUUUGAAGAUAUCAGAGGGAAGAAAUUAGGUAGCAGAAGAAUUCUGAGAACAGAACGCCAUUCUAACAGAGUCCAAGUCCUGACCAACACAUGCCUUAUUUAUUAGUGAUUAGUUGGUCCAAGUAGACACAAAAAUACGUUAGCUAGUCAUGGAUUAGGAACGUACCACUUUAGGUCGCACAUUCAGUCUUCAAGAUAGGCUUCUAGCCAAAAUAAACCUUGUCCUGCUUGAAAUUCAUUUUAAAUGAAAUUGAUUCUUGCAUUACCCUGACACCAAGCGGACUGAAUGUGCUGUUAAACCUCAAUAACAAAAGUGAUCAGCUUGAAUUACCAUUCAGCUUCACUAUAUCAAAAUACACACCAACAAUGAUGUUGUUGUACUUGCUUUCUCUUGAAUAUAUCACUCAGGACUGUGAUGUUAUCCUGGUGCAGAUCACCAAUUAUUGGCGUUGGUUCAACCAACAUGUUAUUUUGUUUCUCAGUUUUUGAUAGCUUGUUUGUUAGAUGUCGCUGGGAUUUGCACGUGUUGCACGUGUUUUCCCUCCCAAUACAAGCCCCUGAAAGCUACAAAACAGCCUUGCAGACUUUAAAGUCUUGAAAGGCUUUAAAGUCCAUACUAGGAUUCUUAAUAACACACCUGUGCUCUUCAACUUUAAAUGUUGAAAUUGUGGCUGAAUAACCAUCUAGCACGCGAUGCCCAUAUAAGGGAACACGUGAUGCCCAUAUAAGGGAACACGUGAUGCCCAUAUAAGGGAACACGUGAUGCCCAUAUAAGGGAACACGUGAUUCCCAUAAUAUAAGGGAACACGUGAUGCCCAUAUAAGGGAACCUAGCUAUAUCCGGGGCUUGUGCUAUUAUUGGAGCUUAACAGGCAGUAUUCUCUGACCCCUUUACCUGUAGUACGGAACGAAUGUUCAAGUUAACAUUUUGCUAUAUUAUCAAACAGAAUAUCUUUUCUAGUGUAAAAGAUCUAUAUUGAGUUGUAAUACAUUGUAUACCAAGGGCCGUGUCAUCGGCGAUUUUUUGGAGUGAGUUUUCUGAAAUCUUUGGGCUUGUCAGUUAUGUGUUAUAUUAGUGGCAUGCCCUUGGGAAUUCCCCCUAAAAAGAUUCCAAAAAGUGACUUUGUCAUGCGACAAAGCUUCAGGGUAAUUGGAUAGUAUUAGUUGCACUGGGUUUUAAAUUAAAUUUGUUUACGUUCCAUUUUUGUGGCCUGUAAUAUUUCUUAAAUAAUUUUUACAGUAAACUUACAAGCUCUUAGCCGCCAAGUCGUAAAAAACGGGGUAUUUUUUUCUAAAAUAGAUUUAUUAAGUUUAUUACAUGUGAUCACACACAGAUUUUAAUCACAAUGUUAUAUAUGCAAUGUUAUGAAGGUUUUUUCGUGACAUCGUGGGUGCUUAAACUGACCGAGCACACCGCAAAUAUUUAGUUGCAUAAUUAUCCCAAUUAGUUGCAUAAUUACCCCAUGUUUAAUGUGGAACAUAUGAGUUUGAGCGCCCACCCAGUUUUCAAAUUUAUAAUUUAGCUGUUUGAGCUGUAAGAUGCUCUGAUGCCAACAGUUGAAAUAUCAACUGUUGAUAUUUCAACCAACAGUUGAAAUAUCUACCUACUCUGCUGGCCUCGUCCGCCAGCAAGAACUGUUUUAAUUAAUUUACUGUAAGGUAAAUGUUUACUUUUCAAGUCAGGAGAUUUUAAAUAAUUUGCCAGUUGUGCAAAUGAGCAGUAUCCCCUGACUUACCUUGAUAUGUUUCUUAGCUUUUACGUCUGCAUCUGAUUGUUCGAGAAGUAAAUUUAAAUUUAAUUUUUAAGUUUUCUGCCUGAUAAGAAGAAUGUUUGUGGGUCCUCACCCUCAAGAAUGUGGACCCAGUUAUUUGUGAAAGUAAAGACUAGGAAGGUUUCUAGUUGUCCAGUUAAGUAUGUUUGUGUUAUGAACGAUCAGAUGCAGAUCAUUGGGAAAUAGGCGCAAUCACUAAAACUAACUAAAAUUAACUCGCCAGAACUAUCGAAACUGGCAAAAUCUUACUAAAUUUUAUGAACUUGUAGCUUUUAAAAUUUGAUACAAAUCUGAGUCAAAAAAGAAAGUGAUUGUGCCUAUUUAACGUAUAUUGACCAUUUGUUUAUCUUUGUCGGCCGGGGCCCUAUAAUGGGGCCUUGGAUUUAGGAAUUUGGAAAAUAUGUGGGUUUUCCUGGGUUAUAGGGAUCAUGUUAAUCAUGAUAUUAUAUGUAUUUUGCAUGUUUAUUAUUCGCAGCAGGCUUACAAUGAUCUUGUGAGAGAAGCUGGGUGAGAAUAUUGCUCAACAAUUUGUUUUGUUAAACAUUGAUCGUUAUUUGAUCUCUGUUUUAUUCGAGUUGUAUGGACAAUUGUCUAUGGAUAGAUUCCAUGGAUAUAUUUCCAUGUCAGGUUGAUAUCUUGCUAUGUUUGAGUGAUGUUUUCAUGUAUAGUAAGGAAACCAGCUAACGUGUUUGCCGUGUGGCGAAAUCGUAGAUAUUUUUUCAAAAAGAGUAGAUUUCAAAAUUUCCCCACAACCGAGGUUUGAUUUUUUAGUUAUAUGUUUGAGGAAAUGCUAUAUGAGUUUAUCGAAGUGCAUUCAAAUUCCCACUUUUGUUGUAAACAAUUUGGGAAAUGUUACGUUUUAUGGAGGAACAGUUUAUUGUAUGAUGCUUUUCUGCCGUCUUUCUCGACAGUUUUAAGUUGUGUGAAAAGUUUUGUAAAUCUUAAAAACGGACUUCACGUGGAGAACUAAAGCCAGAAAAUGUUAUGAUUUUUCGAGUAUUGUUCUAACUAGUGUACAAGAUACCUGUCAACUUAAAGUUGAUUUAAGUCUCCUUGUAUAUAAUUGAGAUGUAGUAAAUUCUUUGAUUCUAUAGACAAACAUUUAUUAUGA